UGCCUGUGCUUUCAAGGGGGCUGUCGAGAAAAGACUGUAAGCACCAACCACUAGAAGUGCUUUUUCCUAGCAUCCAGAGAGCAGGCUGAGCUUUCUCCCAGAGGAGGCAUCCGGAGGAGCGAGCAGCUGCAAUGGUAAAAAGGGGACAUUCACAAGCUUCCCAGGCAGCGAACUAGCACGCAGCAGCCCUGAGCCUCCAGCGUCACGGCAUGGAGCGCCCCAGCUCUCUGGGGCAAGUUUCCUGGGAGUGUCCCCUCUCCACGGACACCGUGAAGUCUCUAGCUCUCCAACAGAUGUUUCCUCAGCUCUGAAGUCGAAGUACUCUGCCGGCUGCAGCACAGAGUCCAGGGACCUGUCUGUGUGGUUGGGGGGCGGGGUGGGGGCGCCCGCUCCAGGCAAAUGCCAGGAUCAGCAUGAGAGGCUGGACUUUAGCCCAGGUCUGUCCUCCCCCCGGGGGGCCGCCUGCUUUGCACGGUGCAUCCUAGAAGACCUCCUCCCCCUUGCAAGUCUUUGUUCCAAGACAGAAGUGGCUCGGAUUGCCUAAUUAACUCCCUCCUCUCCAAAAGGGGUCCGGAGACUGGGAUGCCUGGCGAGCUUAGAGGAUGUUGACUCUGGAGUGGGAGUCAGAAGGACUGCAAACAGUGGGUAUUGUUGUGAUUAUAUGUGCAUCUCUGAAGCUGCUGCAUUUGCUGGGACUGAUUGAUUUUUCAGAAGACAGUGUGGAAGAUGAGCUGGAGAUGGCCACAGUCAGGCAUCGGCCUGAGGCCCUUGAGCUGCUGGAAGCCCAGAGCAAAUUUACCAAGAAAGAGCUGCAGAUUCUCUACAGAGGAUUUAAGAAUGAAUGUCCCAGCGGUGUUGUUAAUGAAGAAACCUUCAAAGAGAUUUACUCCCAGUUCUUCCCCCAGGGAGACUCUACAACGUAUGCACAUUUUCUGUUCAAUGCAUUCGAUACAGACCACAAUGGAGCUGUGAGUUUUGAGGAUUUCAUCAAGGGUCUUUCCAUUUUGCUUCGGGGGACAGUACAAGAAAAACUCAACUGGGCAUUUAACUUGUAUGACAUAAAUAAAGAUGGUUACAUCACGAAAGAAGAAAUGCUCGAUAUAAUGAAAGCAAUAUACGACAUGAUGGGCAAAUGCACAUAUCCUGUCCUCAAAGAAGAUGCUCCCAGACAACACGUGGAGACAUUUUUCCAGAAAAUGGACAAAAAUAAAGAUGGGGUUGUUACCAUAGAUGAGUUCAUUGAAAGCUGCCAAAAAGAUGAAAACAUCAUGCGCUCCAUGCAGCUCUUCGAAAAUGUGAUUUAACUUGUCAAAUGUGAACUACUCUAUCACACUUACAGUUGGAGCUACCACUUUUAGCAUAGAUUGCUCAGCUUUACACUGAGGCAUAUUAUGCCAACAAGCUUUGUUUAAUAUAAAGCAAUCCCUGGAAGAUUUGAGUUUUUCAUUUAUAAUUUGCAUUCCUUUCAUAAUGGCACUGAGUUCAUGAGAUAUUCUAACUCAUUUCACACUCUGUGGAUAUCCAAAAGUAAUAGAAUCUGGUGAAGAGUUUUUUGAUCCUUUAGUCAUGGGAUUAUUGAGGCUUUCACAUAUUAGUGAUUUUUAAAAUAUCAAUGUUUUUUGCUAUUCAUUUGUAGGUAUUCAGUCCUAGGAUUUUAAAGCAUUUUCUAAAAUAUGUACAUCUGUAUUAUUUCCAGAAGUUAAUUUCACUUCCUUACAUUUAUGUAACAUUAACAAAGUAAGAUUACUACAAUUGGAAACCAAAACUGCGUAAUUUUCCAAUUUCUAUAGAUUUGCCACCUUCUGUUAAAGACAUUAUCUGGCAUUUUUUAUAACAAAAAAUUAGUUUAUUACUGGAUGUCAGCAUAUGCCUAAUAAAAUUUAUUUUAAUAAGCACUUUUCCACGUAUUACAGCAAAGGCCUACAAAAUAUGUAUGAUUUUGGGCUGGUUUAAUCUUACAAGUGGACUGUAUCUAGGAAGCUAUUAAGCGGAAGUUCAAAGCAAGGAAGUUUACAGACAUAGGCAAAGGGUCAGGAUAUCUGUCCUUUGAUACAUAAUAAUGCUCAACAAAAAAUAAUCCCUGACAGUAUUAAAGACCAAUUCCAUCUCCUUUGCCCUGACUUCCCCACAGCAUGUUUAUAUUACAAGCCAUUUGGGGUCAAAGAAACCCAAUUACCCGAAAGUAUACUAGGAACAAAUAGCAAGCAGAAUCCAUUUUGGUAACAGUGAUUCUAUCACACUGACAACAACCACCAAGAUUUCACAGGAAAAGACUAUAGAUGCUGAACAACUCAUCUGGAUUGCAUUAUAAUUUAGCUCAAAUAGAAUGCCAACAAUUCAGAUCCUCCUUAACGAUCUUUAAGUCAAAACUGUAAAAAUGCCACAACAGUACCACAGAUACACACAUCUUUGUGUUUGGUAGAAACAUCAAAGACCAUGAGGCUGCAGGAGGAUGAAAUCUGCAACUGUCUUUGCAACAAUAAAUCAGGUAUCUAUUCUGGUGUAGAGAUAGGAUGUUGACCGCUGCCCUGCUACCACCAGUGUAGACAUAAAGAGUAGUACAAUACAUGUACACUGAAACCUGCCAUCGCGUGUUUGUGUAACUCAAUGUGCACAUUUUGUAUUUCAAAAAGAAAAAUAAAAGCAAAAUAAAGUAUUUAUUACUCUACUGUA